AUGACACGAUUAUGCCAUUCGCUGAGCAAUAUUAUUGCCCAAACACGUCUUCUGAGUUUGUCAUUACGAUGUCUGGCCAAAGAUGGUGACCCUCCCAGAGCUGGAAUGGCACGGGAGACGUCAGAAGUUACGAAUUUACUUAUGAGUCAGAAACUUGGCGAAGAUAGUGUAAAUGUUUUGAAAGUAAUACAACGUUUUCGAAAACAGCCUAAUGAAUGGCCAUUAGAAGAGCAGCCAUAUGCCAUUGUGGAACGGAAGUUUCUGGGGAAAAUAAUGCACCCGAUUGAGCUGCGACCGGAACGAGGAUUUGUCAAUAUGGUUCCUCUUGGAUUCAUGAUGCUCAGACAUUUCUUUAGGAAAGUUCGAGCUAAAGGAAAUUACGAGUUCUUUAAAGCGACUGGUAUUUUUGAUGAUACAGAAGUACGCGCGGGAACUAAGAAGGUUUUUGAAGUAAUCAGUCAACAUGCGUUCAAGAAUAAGUUGUCCGAGCUGGUUGAAAAGAACUAUUGUGGCGAAGAUGUUGCGAGGAGGUUUGAGGCUGCAAGCUCUAGUAUGAGUGACAAGCAGCGAGAAUUACUAAAUCUCACCGAGCAGGACGUCUAUGCCAUAGCCCCAGGAGUUCUUGGCCCAUUCCAAUUGAUACGGCCGAUGCUCCGAAACAAAAUUCCUCAUAUCACGUACAGUCUUCUUUGCUGUGCAUUCUACAAGAAGCAGUUACUUUUUGAUGCGGUAAAAGAUGUAGCCCUUAUUGANCUGAAGAUUAUUUACCGAUGCCAACAGGUUACGGCUAUGCGGCUCCCAGGCUCAUAUUCGCUUUCAUUACAUUCGGGAACAAAAUCAUCGGCAAGCAAGAAGUUGAAAGCGAUAACUGAGGAAGAUGUGAUCAGAAUUGCACUACUCGACACCGCGCCAUCAAGUGGUCUUCGUAUGGUGCAUGUCGCAAAACGCUUUUUUCGGUUGUUGUACCAUCGUCAAAAACCGAUCUCAUCAUGCAGAGAAUAUCGACGUGUGACUUGUUCGAGUACAGAAGAAGAGGGAGAGUUUUCCGACAUUUACAAUUUAGCCAAAGUUUGGAACCGAGCUCCACUUCGUACACAAAAUCAUUACCCUCCUGAUCAAAAGGCGUUCUCCUUGACGAGGGAUGCCACUGAGACAGCAAGUAAAUACCAGCAUGGAUUGUGUUUUAAAGAAGAAAACAACCUCGUUCUGACAGACUUCAAGGGAAUCGACUUGUGGACAAGAACAAGGGCCUACGUUUCAUGGCUGAAGACAAAGAUAUUCGUCCUUGGUGCAGAACCCUGUCUCACUAUGAGUAGUGAUGAUUUAAUUCAAGGUGGUCGUAAGGUGUUCCGAAUUAUACUUGAUGCUGUUGUGGGAAGAAACAUUGAAACUUUGUCACCACUUGUUCUGGGAAAUUCUGUCCUAGAUGUUCAUCGAAAGAAGGUCUGGGAACUCAAGGAUAAACAACGAAGCGCUUUAAUGGUCACCGAAGCUGAUUUUGUUGGAGCGAAUGGAUUUGUCUAUAACUGGAAUGGUUUUGGCAGCGAACGAGGAUCGAUGGCGCGAUUGAUGCACUCUGCCUCGAUAGUUCCACGAGAUGCAGCAGGAAAUGUAUUAGAAGUUCCCUAUUUCAAAUAUUCAAUUAUUCUAGCGGCUUUACUACGAAAAAGUGAAUUGUACAAGAUGGCCCGACAGCUCCCAUUUAAUCUCGAAAAAGAACGGUUGAUUUUACGGAUGCCACACGAUUAUGGUUUUAUUACACCUCGUUACGUCAUUAUGCGAAUUGAUAUGUGCCAUCAGGUAGGAUGA